AUGUCUCAAAAAAGGCCUUUACCCCCGUCCCCACGGACACCACUGCUCGCCUCUCCCCAAACGCCUUUACUGAAUCGAGAAACACCACAGCCCUCGCCCACAAAAGCACAUCCUUUGGAAUGGAAGACCAUCGCAGCCAUUAUAUCUGGCACCAUUGCUUCGUUUGUGGCUGCCGCUGACAGCACCAUCACGUCCACUCUGUCCUCAACCAUAGCCACCCAAUUUCAGUCCUUCGCUAUUAUCUCAUGGCUUGGUGCUGGAUACCUCAUCGGCCUAGCCGCGACACAGCCAUUGACUGGCAAGCUCAGCGAUAUCUUUGGUCGGAAAGCUAGCUUCAUCUUCGCCACGAUGAUCUUCACCCUUGGGAACCUGACAUGCGGGUUCUCCGGCUCCCGCAAUAUGACAAUUUUGGGCCGAGUGAUUGCAGGUGUUGGAGGAGGCGGCUGUACCUCAAUUGCCACUUUUAUCUCGUCGGAUAAUAUCCCCCCGCGAUAUCGGGGGAUAUGGCAUAGUGUAUCUAUCAUGGCAUACACUGGCGGAAUGGGGGUCGGAGCGGUCGCUGGGGGUGUGAUCAAUGAUAUGAUAGGCUGGCGGUGGGCGUUCAUCGCAAUUGCUCCUAUCUCGAUCUGUGCUGCUAUUGGUGUGGGCGCCUUUCUCCCCCAAGAAGAGAUUAAGGAGGACACCAGCUUGCGUAAGCAGCUAAGGAGAAUUGAUUAUGGUGGUUCUAUCACACUGGUCUCGUCUCUAGCGUUGUUCCUUUUCUUUUUGAAUGGGGAAGGUCACAAGUCUGUCGCGCUGCUCCCCCUAGGAGUACUGUUUCUAGCCAUGUUCAUCAUGUUUGAGCUCCGGGUGAGUGAGCCUAUCAUUCCUUUGCCACUCCUUCGCACACCAACGCUGUUAGCAGCAUAUCUUUGCACCGGCUUCAUGUCCAUGACGAUGUACACAUUGAUGUACUAUGUCCCUCUAUAUCUCCAGCUGCGAGGUCACUCUACCAGUCAAACGGGCUUCCUUCUUCUCUUUGAGCCUAUCGGUGGCGCGAUUGGGUCCACCACAGUUGGUGUCAUAACAAGUGCCACAGGGAAGUACAGCAUACCAAAAGUUGUUCAGCCCUUUCUCAUCGUCCUCGGCUCGGCUGGAUUCGUGACGCUUUCUAUGACCACAUCCUCUGUUCUGCCACCGAUAUAUCAGUUUGUUUACGGCUUCGGAUAUGGAGGAUUUCUGACCACCGUCUUGCUUGCUUCGCUAAGUGCAGUCCCACAUGAGCUGCAAGCAAGAUCGACAUCCACGCUCCUUACAUUUCGAUCGGUUGGGUCGACUAUUGGCCUCUCAGUUGCCGGGAUCCUAUUCCGUACCCGUCUCACCGAUCAGACAGCCGGUCAACCUGAGCAAACCCAGCUCAGCUACCUGCAGUUCCGCAACCUCCACUCCACCGACAAUCAGGAAUCCCCUCAGAAUGCUUUUAUGAAUGCGCUGCACGGCACUUUCCAACUCGCUCUUGCCUUUGCGAUAUCCGGUUUUAUCUGUGCUUUGCGCAUUAAAAACUAUAAACUAAGAUCGACCUUAGAGGACAACGAGGAUACUGUGGUAUAG